AUGGCGUCAGAACACUUGCGGCCCAAGAAAAUUCUCACGAGUGUUGAGGAACCUGUCAUCAGACCCGUCGCAUGCCACAGAUGUCGACAAAGGCGGUCUUAUUGCUCAAAAGAUCGACCACAAUGCACACGGUGCGAGGCCGGCGGAUUUGACUGCGUUUAUGAAGAAGCUAGGAAGAUCACCGUCAACGAGGCGUACCUGAGAGACCUCGAAGCCAAGGUCAAGGCAUAUGAGGACGCCCACCCGCGAUUAGCACCGAAGCCUAGCGCAGCCCACGUCCCUAUUCAAUCAUCAAACCUGGCAGAAUUAAUGGACGGAGUCGAAGAACCUGAUGAUCAGAUACGUCUCCCCGAAGCUUUCUCGGAGCUCAGUCUGGAGACACCUGAGAAUCCCUCUAGCAGCUUCAAGGGCCCGGCACACUCGGACCACUUCCUCCGGAGCUUCCGAAAGGCCUCUCUACAGUUUGAUGACGGCAGCCUUGACUGUGACACCGACUUCUAUGAUCGAGCCGCGCUGCCCUCAAGGCGUCUGCCCAACACCAGCCACAUUCGACUGCCCCCUAUAGAGAUCGCACGUCAGCUGUUCGCAGCCCAGUAUACUUACAUUGGAACAAUAUUCUCAUUCGUCUCCCCGACUGCGUUUGAAACGCUUCUUCAUGAGGCGUAUCAGAGUCCCACUGAACUCCCCGACCAAUAUGCUUGUCUAACAUUUGCCAAGUUGCUGGUCAUCCUAGCUUUUGGCAAGAUGUACUCUGUCAAUCAAUGGAUUGAUUACGACGGACCUCCUGGCUUUGACUAUUUCACUCGCGUGCUCCAGCUUCUCCCAGACCUGCAUGAGCAAGGAAGCGUCCUUUUUGUGGAGACUUUGGCUUUGGUGGGCUUCUUUAUGCAGAAUCUAAAUCGCAGAGACGCGGCUUCCUUGUACAUUGGCUCAGCCCUCCGCAUGGCUAUCACCCUCGGACUCCACCAAGAGCCAACGAGUUCAAGCCUUGACCAGCAUGCAAAGGAACACAGACGCCGCGUCUGGUGGAGCGUAUACAGUCUCGACCGCAUUCACUGCGUCAAAUCUGGAAAUCCGAUUACGAUCCACGACGAUGACAUUGGCGUUGAACUCCCAUCCAGGCUACCCAAUGAGCCUGAAUUUUGUCCCGCUGUCGUUCUCAGGCACUACACCAAACUCUCCCAGAUAAAUGGCCAAAUCAUGACAAGCAUUUACCGCCGUAAACCGAAAUCAGGCCCCAGCCUAAUGGUAGCUGUGCAAAGCAUCAUUCUGGCCCUGUCUCAGUGGCAACAAGAGCUGCCUGAUGAGCUGCGCUUUGAGCCGAUCAAACUCAGCACAAGCAGGGAGUCCGUCUCAACGUUGCUUUACUAUUCGCAAUGCAUUCACAUGACUGCACGGCCGCUGCUGUUUCAUGUUGUGCAAGCACGUCUCAGAGGCGGAUUAGCAGACAAAGAAAGCGAUUGGAGAAAGGGUCUCACCCAAACUACCAUCAACGUCAUCGAAAUGUGCGUCUUCGCAGCCAAGGACACAAUCAACAUGAUGACAAUAGCAGCUCAAAAGAACCUCGUCGCUACUUACGGGUACAUGGACUCGGACUAUGCAUUCUCUGCGGCCAUUGUAUUGGUCAUGGUGUGCGUGGCUUUUCCGACGAACGAGCAGAACAAUCAGUCCAUGAAUGCAGCUCUCGAGCUCCUUCGAGGUAUCUCGCACAGGGGGAAUAGCCACCUGGCGGCUCGCUACCAUCUUUUGGCCCACCUAAGGGCGAAGUUCGUACCUUUUGCAGUGCCGGCUGCGUCUACGGCAUCGACACCAGGCCCGUCCAACGUUGGAGGCUUCGAGAUACGCUCCUUAAGCAACAACACCACAUUAUCCACUGUCCAGCCCCUCCCCGAGGGAACCCCAAAAGAUGCGCUUGCUAAUUCACAAGCAUCAAAGUCUACCUUAUUCGGCCCCACGGACCCUUUGUCCGGCACAGCGAUCCAUGGGCCAGGUCUUUCUCAGCCGUUGCCCGAAUUGUUUGACUUCAACUUGCUCAAUAACCCAAGCCUGGCCGAUGAAAUAUUCUACGACGUGGAUAUGACUGGGGUCAAUUCCGGCAAUAACCAGGAAUUCUGGGAGGAAGCCUUUGCCAGUUUAGCAGGCGAUUCUGGCAGCAAUCUCGUGAACAGUCUGGAAUGGAGUCAGGCAGCCAUGGAUCACUUUGAGAGAAACGGAGAUGCCAUAGGACCGGAGCACGAAGAUGCCGCUUGGUGGGAUAUCGACCAGACUCUCGAUGAUGCGAAGCUUGUGCCAAUGCGUCAGUUCAGCGUCGAAGACACUGCGCUAAAUUUCACACUCGAGGAAGACUGGGAUUCGAAAGCCAAAAAGUCGUUGUGGAUGACUACUCCUGGUGCACAUAUCGCGGUCCUCGACACGAGGCUAUUACAUGAGUCUGGACAAAACAACGAGAUGUCUCAUGUCACAGCUUUACGUGCAGCGGAUUUGGCUGGGGACAACUACCCUGUCGAAUACCUCGUGUAUGGCCCUGUGCGCGGUAUGGCUCUGACCUGCGUCGCGCUCGAUAAUAUCAAAGUUGCGGCUCAGUACAGCCAAUUCUCGCCCAACGAAUGGUGGACCAGCAAAGAAGACGAGCGGUGGGCGAAACUUGGUGUCGCCAGCUUCGCCGAGGAAGUCACACGUGCGAGGGACGUAGCGCGCCACAUCACGGGCCAGAUCAGUGCCGGCGUCUCACAUCCGAAUCCCACACGGCAUCUUAUGGAAUUGACUGUCCUCGCAGCAGAACUGAGCCGACACCGAGCACCAAGAAAAGAUGAUUCUCCUACCUCUGGCCUCGCUCCAGCUGGGGCGGCUCUUGCUGCCUCGUCGGCACCGGUACCUUUUCCGAGAUUUACCCAGGCAGAAGCUUAUAGUGUCUUCGACGUUUUAUCCACUGAGACGAGUCGGCUGGAGUGGCCCGUGAACUUUUGGGAGAUGAUCCAUGUGGCAGUGAACCGUCGGACGUACUUCGACGGGCUUCCCCAACUGCGCUUGAUGUUGGAUCUGGUCGAAGCCGUCAUGAACAAAGCGACGGUUGAACGGGCUAAAAAGGAGACAUCGCGGGUAAUAUCAGCAACAUUGAGGGGACUGUACCCCAGGAUUCCGAAGGAUAAGACUGCGAGUCCCGCUUCGGUCCAAAUUAUGUGUGGAUCGGAACCCGUGAAAAAGAGGCGGCGGAUUGAGGAAGGCGAAGCACCACGAAGAAGCUCUAAAAGUUUCUCUAAAAAGGCCAGGGAGGCGGCCUCCGAGGCACAGGCUGCGUUGAUCAAGUUCUCACUCGAGCCCAUGCCCCGGGGUGUUUCCGCAUACGGCACAUAG